CUUAUGACGGGGAGCAAUACCGAACCGCAUGACAACCUCCCUUGCUGAUCACAAACCCCCAUAAAGCAAUAUUUCAUCCUUACAGCGUGCCACGCACACCUAACACCGUGAACCAAACCCCAGGGUCACCCGCAUAUCGUUCCAAGGUAACGCUUGCACCACUACGCCUGGUACCUAUACUUUUUUGAUGAUCAGAUCGACAGAGGAGUUUGUGUCCGUCGUGCCGAAGCACAUUCUCUCAGCCUCAAAAUCCCCCCUCUUCCUUCCAGGCAACACUGCGUUAUCGCAUCACCAGACCGCGCGUAUUCCUUAAGCCGGGCUUCUAGUGGCAAGGCCACUGCCACAAUGGCGCAUCCUUCAGGCAACGGAGGCACGUCACUUGCUCCGACGCCUACUCACCCACAUAACUUAUCGCGGGAGUCAAGCAGAGAAGAACUGGAAAUGGCCGAAAGUCUCCGACGUCUGAAUCAGGUUCAAGAUGCUCACAUGUCAAACACGGAUUCACUGUCGAAGGAGCAACAACCAGGCACACCGCAGGACGACCAAAAACCUGAGAUCUACCACUCACUCGAGGAUGCUGUACCUAUUGCGGGCGCACCGGCUUCACCGGCGCCCACGACAUCGUUAUCGUUACCACCACGAAGUGUCGGCGGAAGUAGCGCGCCUAUAAUUGGGCAGGUCUGCAGCAACUGCAGAACAACCCAAACGCCGCUAUGGCGUCGUUCGCCAACUGGCGAGACUGUCUGCAAUGCGUGUGGGCUCUACAUCAAAGCAAGAAACCAGCAACGCCCAGUCAAUUUGAAGCGUAACACUCCUUCGCAACCAACUGUACCAGUGCAACAAAGCCCGACACCUAAUGCUACCGCCAACCGAGAUGUCUCUCCUGGAAAUCUUGCUGCGUCGCCUCGAGUUGCGACUUAUAUUGCAGCAGACCAGAUGGUGCCAGGGACUUGUCCAGGAGGAGGCAGAUGUAAUGGCACUGGAGGCCAGCAAGGUUGCAGUGGGUGUCCUGCUUUUAACAACCGCGUAUCAAAGACGGCCAAGUUUGCGUUGCAACAGGCAAAUGCCACACCGAAGCCUGCAGAUGGCACGAAUGAGGGCAGCACACCCGGUCCUUGUUCAGGAUCGGCAUCCACGAACGCGAUUCCGGCAUGUCAAAAUUGCGGCACGACUAUCACACCGCUCUGGAGAAGGGAUGACGUUGGCCAUAUCAUCUGCAAUGCAUGUGGCCUUUACUACAAGCUCCAUGGUACCCACCGGCCCGUUGCAAUGAAGAAACAAGAGAUCAAGCGUCGAAAACGAGUCGUUCCCGCUGGCGAGACCAGUUCGCAAGCUGCGCCAUCUGUCGCCAAUUACUCCCCACCUCAGCGCACCUCGCAAACACCUGCUCUGGACGGAUCAGCAUCCCCUGAUCCUAUCGAAUCGCGCGAACAGUACACUCCGGAGCCCAGAGGGCCUCUGGCGGUCGACUUCACUCACUACCACAACAACAACAAGCUCAACGUUACAUCCAACCCUUCUGUACAGCCAGGCGCACCCUCGCCUCGAAAGCGUAGUCUUAGCGCUACCAUGGACCCAGACGAGUUGCUUGCGAAAACCGCAAACCCCGUACCGCACCGACCGAACGCUAUAUCAUCGAUCUUAAACCACCCACGCGCCGAAGAAUCCAACAUCGACCCAUUACUAUCUGUAUCAUUGCGACCAUCCGGAGGUCCUCCACCGAAUCCGACUGUGACACAGGAAGACAAGGCAGCUAGAAGGGAACGAUUGAUACGCGAGCAAGAGGCUAUGAAGAAGGAACAAGCGAGAAUAGAGCAGGAGCUGGCUGAUUUGGGACACGAUUGAAAAUGUCCAGGCGUUUUAGGACAGGCAAAGACAAAACGGGUCGGCCUUAUGAUUUUGGGAGCAAUAUGACGAAUCACGAAAAGCGAUACCUAGACACGGCGGGUGGCAUGGUGUUUCCGAUGAGCAUGUAUAUCGUAACGGCGCAAGGGUAUACUCCUGUCUUUUUUCAGAACUACCAACGGAGAGACACCCGUACAUGGGUGCUGUUAAGGCUGAGUAGUCUCGCUACACCGGUAGGCGGUUGAAGAAG